CUUCCAUACCUUUAGUGUUCAUGGUUGAUGAUCUACCAAUUGCCAUUCCAGCGCUCUUCCCACGGCCAUGUGAAGCGUUUUCGGUUCAUGUCAAUUCCAGAAGUCCACAACUCGUUCAUUUUCAAUCUUAGCAAUCUAACACAGUCGCAACAGUUUCAGCCUAUUUCAAAUUUACGACGGCGGCCGGUGAUGGUUUGAGUUGCCGUGCUUUCCAACUUUCAGUCGUGGUAUAAUCUAGAAGAAAUUCUGAUCCCGAUACUGCUCAAGAUCAAGUACAGCGCAAGGCAACAGGAUUUCUUCUCUUCUCGUUCAUUUCAAGUCGCCAAACAUGCCUUUCUCUUCCUGGUUCUUUCCUCCCAGACCCAAGCUCGAAGUACCCGACGGUGACAACGAUGGAGGUUCCGAUCGACCAGCAUCGCGUUCAGCUAUUGACGAUAUGGAUUUUGAGGCUAUUGCUGACAAGGUCGAAAACCUCCAGCUCGAACUGGCCUAUGCAUAUGACCUGUGUGAACAAGCCAACCUACAGUUCGACAAAUAUCGUGUUCAACUUCAAGAUCUUAAACAGGACUUGGGAACUGAACGUGCCUCGAACGCCAUCCUCAAGGAUAUGCUGAGUCAGGAGAGGAAGAAUUCUGCCAUGCUCAAAGCGCAAUUCAAUUUCGCCAAUCAAGAGGUGAAGCGGCAAAGGGUUCUCGCGAGCCAGUUGCAAGCAAGAUUGAAUACCGAGACUGCUUCGCUGAAUGCUAUGACUAAACAUGCCCGCGCCGUUGAAAACCGGUUCGUGGAAACUCAAUUCGAUCUCGAAUAUCUGAAAUGUACGACGGAUGCGGAGAAACUAUCACAAGCGCCGACAAUCCAGAGCAAGGACUCCCCCAUUCCAGCGCAGCCAUUUGUGGUUGUUCUUGUGGAUGGUGACGCCUAUCUGUGGUCACACGAUAUUUUCCUGAACGAGAAUCGCAUGCUCGGAGGCACUCGCAUAGAGCCUGGCGGUCUUGCGGCGACACGGAUCAAAAACGAAGUUACGAAAUACAUCAUGGAGCAAGCUCCAUCAAUACCUGUUACGUCAAAGGUCAUCACACGAGUCUUUUGCAACUUCGGGACAUCCGAACGUCGAAUGCUCUCUCGGCAAAGAGUACGGAGCACUGCAGUGGGCUUGCGUGAAUUCGCAAUCCAGUUCACUGAGAGAGUACCGCUGUUUGACUAUUUCGACGCCGGAAGAGGUAAAGAACGAGCAGAUGACAAGAUCAGAGAGAACUUCCAUCUCUUUCUGUCCACUCCGAAUUGCCAUGCAGUUUUUGUCGCAGCAUGUACCGAUAAUGGAUUUGCCCGAAUGCUGGAACAAUAUGCAGAUCAUCCUUUUGCCAACCAGAAAAUCAUCCUGGUCUCCCCCGGCUACACGGCUCUCGAAUUCGAGAGAUUCCACUUCAAGCACGUCGAAUGGCCGACUGUAUUUGCCGUCAAGACCAUGCCCCGGGAAACGGCCAUCAAGCGCGAUAAGGUUUUGCAAAAGCAAAGGGUGCAGAAAAUCUUCGCACUUCGAGGCUUGACACUUGGUGUGCCGCAGAUCGAGACCGAAGUCGACUACCAUGAUCUAGUCAUGAAUAUGUUGCCAAAAUGGAACAUGAAUGACGCUAAGAUUAACGUUUCAGAAGAUGUUGAAGUCAGGAUGAAGCAAGGAGUUGGAUCUGACGCCGAAUGGAAAAGCAGUGGAAUUUCGCCAGGCCUUCCGGGGGAUGAGGACGUUGAUUGAAGCCGCUGUUCGGAUUCAACUGAGUCACAUAUGCAGACAACGCCAGUCCGCGCUGCAUAGAAACCCUGACAAUAGGAGUUGUCAGUCCUACGCCGUGGUUUCGAGCUUGUAGUGGCACAAGCACGGAUAUACGGGCGCAGCAUCCUUCGCUGCGUGACAGAAGGGCUCGUGGAGGGCUUCAAUUGCUGCUUUACUGAAUGAUGAUAUUCAAUGGAGGAUUCUGUCCACCAACGAUCGCUGACGAACGUAUGAGAAUGUGCUGGCACCGACAAUAUUGGGUUUACAUGGACCGAAACUACGUGUUUAGAAGCAGAGUCUGAUAGAAGGAUGUUGUCGUUCCAAUGACUUCGAGGCGCUUACUUGCGAUCACAUAAACGAUAUCUCGUACCUGAUCCGCCAAUGUCUUAC